ACCCAGAUUUCAUAUAAUAAUGUCAUGCGAAAUUUACCGAUAAAAAGAAUGUCGUGAUGCUUGGUAGUUUGGCCAAAUUUAUAGUAUAAUUUCGAAUGGGUCUCAUGUUACAACAUUUGCUAUUGAUAAAGAGGACAAUUCCUAGUUGGUUUACCAGUCAAGAUGGUGAUUCGAAGAAGGAAUAAAAGAUGCGUUCCGUUCAUCUUUGAUGAGGGGUGUUAUGAGCCACCGUCACCCUGUAUCACCAAAGAGGAUCUGUGGCACAGGCAUCUCAAAUCUUCGGAGAGGCUGUUCAAUCAUCAGACCUUGGCCAGUGCCAGGAAGAGUGUUUACUAUGAGCCAGACCCCAAUCUGAUACCUCGAGAUGACUUGGACUAUAUCUUGGCUUCCACCUAUCUGCACAACGAACACUCCUUCACAGAACCUAUCGAUUCUCUGCUCCAGGCCGAGACUCUGGCCGAUGAUACCUUCAGGAGGCUGAGAAACACCAUAGACAUACACCCGCAGCAACAGCUUCAAGACGUGUUCGCUGCCAAGGCUACUUCUGGAAAGUUUCUCACCGCUGGUUCCGCCACUGACGAUACCAAAAAACCGGAAUGUAUACCUUAUAAAUAUCACGAGUCUCAUCCCGUUCUGAUUGGUGGAAUAACUAACUAUAAACAUCCGAUGAAUAUCAAACUGAUGAAUUCAUCUCACCAUGCUCCUCAAACCAAUGCUGGAUACUCAAGGCAAGAUGCUGAUGGUACUUUCUUCCAGUACUGAUUCUUCUUAAAAGCAGUUGUAGAGGUCACCAAGGAAUUUUGUGAAUAUAUAUUAAUAUUUUCCUGAUUUAAGUAAAUAUGUAACAUGAGAAGUAUAUACUGCUAUAGAUGAUUUUCUGAUCGAUUGGAAAAUUGUAGAUUUUUUCAUUGAAAUUGUACGAUAGAUUUUUUUUCUUUCCAAUGAAUACCGCUUAUUUUGGACAAUUAGGUAUAUUGUUGGAUGUCUUUAUGUCUAAAUAAAUAUAUAUGAAUAGAA